AUGUGGCUGCUCUCGCCUCUGCUGCUGCUGUCUCUGCUCACUCUGGACCCUGCCCAGGCGGCGCUGAUCCGGGUCCCUCUUCGCCGACUCCACACUGGACACAGGGCCUUGAGUUCACUGAGGAGCUGGGGGAAGCCAGCAGUCCCUCCCAGAUGGGGGGACCCAUCCCCUGGAGACAAAUCUUUCUCUGUGCCUCUCUCCAACUACAUAAAUGCCCAGUAUUUUGGGGUCGUUGGCCUGGGUACACCCCCACAAAACUUCUCCGUUGUCUUUGACACCGGCUCCUCCAACUUCUGGGUCCCAUCCAAGAAGUGCUACUUAUUCAGCUUGCCCUGCUGGUUUCACAAACGAUUCAACGCCGAAGCGUCCAGCUCCUUCCAGCCCAAUGGGACCAAGUUUUCCAUUCAGUAUGGAACUGGGAGUCUGAAGGGAAUCCUGAGCGAGGACAAGCUGACCAUUGGGGGGAUUCAGGGCGCCCCGGUGAUGUUCGGGGAGGCCCUGUGGCAGCCCAGCCUGGUCUUUCUUUUCGCACACUUUGAUGGGAUAUUGGGGCUCGGUUUUCCGGCUCUGGCGGUGGAUGGAGUUCGGCCCCCAUUGGAUGCGCUGGUGGACCAGGGGCUUCUGGAUAAGCCGGUCUUCUCCUUCUACCUCAACAGGAACCCUGAAGCAGCCGACGGAGGAGAGCUAGUUCUGGGGGGUUCAGACCCCACGCACUACAUCCCACCCCUCACCUUUCUCCCAGUCACUGUCCCUGCCUACUGGCAGGUCCACAUGGAGCGGGUCCAGCUGGGCUCAGGGCUGAUCCUGUGUGCCCGGGGCUGUGCCGCCAUCCUGGACACAGGCACUUCGCUCAUCACAGGACCUACAGAGGAGAUCCAGGCCCUGAACGAGGCCAUCGGGGGCUUCCCCCUGGUGGCUGGGGAGUACCUCAUCCAGUGCUCGGUCCUCUCCACACUGCCUCCGGUCUCCUUCCUGCUGGGCGGGGUGUGGUUCAACCUGACGGCCCAGGAUUAUGUCAUCCAGAUCACGCGUGGGGGCGUCCGCCUCUGCCUGUCCGGCUUCCAGGCCCUGGACAUGCCACCCCCGGCAGGUCCCCUUUGGAUCCUUGGCGACGUCUUCCUGGGUGCCUACGUUGCAGUCUUCGACCGUGGCAGCCACCAGGACGGGGCCCGAGUGGGUCUGGCUCGGGCCCGUCCCCGCCCAGCUGGACCGCAGCGGGGUGGGCUGGCGCAGGCGCAAUCCCCCGGUUCUAGCAAUAGAAUCGAACCGCUUGCAAAGCCUCUCCGAGCUCGCCGGGGCUUUGUGGAGCGGAAAUUUCGUGCCCGGAUUUCUGCGAUCGAAGAAAAGAGGGAGGAGGAGACAGACGCCUGGUCUCUCGCCUCAGAACUGCAGUCGGGACGCAUCGGCUGCCGAAGAGCAUCAUGGGAGUUGUAG